AUGGAUUUUCAUCUAGUACCGCGCGGCGAAGAUCGAAACUACACAGGCUUUCUAACGAAGACCAUCGUCUACACAUCAUCCUUGGUUGUUUUUCUAGCUUGGAACGCAGCAUUCGGCUUAACCGUAUCCUCCAUUGUGGUUCCAAAAUGGAUCAGCUAUCGCAACGAUCAGAUCUGGUAUUCAUACGGCCUCCAUCGGCGCUGUUCCUCAGUCACCGAUGCCUGCGUUAGUUUCCCCCAGCAGGACGAUUGCAGUGGCCGAGGCCGCUAUUUCUGUUCCAUGUGGCGCUCCGUGGGCUUCCUUAUGUCCUUUGCCGUCGUUCUGGAGGGCAUGAGUAUCGUCGCAUACUUGAUCAUAUUGUCUGGUGGGAAGCGACUGCGGGAAUCUGGGUGGAAGGUUCUCAGUUUGUUGAUCGUGUUAUCGGCUGUUGUCCAGGCGGCGAGCAUGUCCAUCGUGGCCUAUUUAUACGACCAUGACACGCGGUUUUUCCCCGGCUGGAGACUGGACGAGUCCUGGAUUUAUUGCACCAUCAGCUGGUGCAUUAGCUUGCUCUGCGCGGCUGCCCUUAUUGUUGCCGGUCGCGUGCUACCGUCUGAAGGUGGCUAUGAGUUGAUCCCCGACCAUUCUUAA